AUGGGAAGAAGAAAGAGGCUUUCCAAAGAGUUCCGCCUCGUCGAUUCUCACGAGAUCCUGUCACCUCGUCUGGCCAUUCUUCGCCUCCGCCCUCUGCGCCAAAAAUCCAUCAGUAUCAUCAACUGGUAUUCACCAACAUCAGCAGCUGAUGAUUCCGAAUUGGACGCGUUUUACGAGGAGCUGGAGGAAGUAGUCCACAAGGAGAAGUCCUUUUACAAAUUCGUUGUCGGAGACUUCAACGCAAAACUAGGAAAGGCCACAGAAGAGAUACACAGGAUUGGAAGAUUUGGACUAGGGGACCGGAAUGAAAAAGGCAAUCGUCUCGCCAGGCUGUUGUCCGCCGCUCGCCUCUUUCAUGGGAACUCUCUUUUCAUGAAAAAAGAUCAUCGUCGGUGGACAUGGGAAUCGCCCAAUGGCGCGACUCGUGCGGAGAUCCACAUACUCACCAACCUUAGGUGGUGUCUACUUGACGUCUCAGUAGUACCAUCCUUUUGUAGUGGUUCUGAUCACCGUCUCCUUCGUGCGAAAAUACGACUUAGCCACACGAUGGAAAAGAACAUCUGCUAUCGGCAACGAAGGAGAAAAGAAGUCGUCUACGACGAUUGCGUACUCGAGGACUCCCUGUCCCAAGGUGACUGGCACAUCGAGGAGGACCCAAACGUGGACUACGAGAUGCUGCUCAGAGGAUUACGAGCCUGUGCUGAACGUGCCUCGAAGUCGCGCACGACAAACUUGGAUCGAAUUUCGAAGACCACCAAGGAAUUGUUAGGAAGAAGAAGGGCUUUGAGGCUUGAUCCGAAUGCAUCGCACAUUGAGCGGUUAGUAGCAAACACUAGCUGCAGAAAAGCGUUGCAGGAGGAUCUUUUGAAGUACAGGCAGAAGAAGAUUCUAGAAGCAGCACAAAGAAGAACGAGUCUAAAGAAGUGCCGCAGGGAUCUCCGCGAAUAUAAUAUUCCGCUAGCAACCUUGCUGAGCGAAGACGGGACUCGCACGUCUUCUCGUCGUGAGAUGGAAAUCAUAACGGAGAGGUUCUCGAACCUUUUCCGUUCAUCAACUCCUGUGUCAAGCCCAAUCAUCCCCACUGGCGAAGCUCCACCACGGAUUCUCCCUUCGGAAGUACGAGUCGCUAUCAAGAGCAUGAAACUUGGCACAGCCCCCGGACCUGAUUUUAUAUCAGACUUUCUUCGGGCUGGUGGCCAUCCGCUUCAUGUAAUCUUAGCAGCGCACAUGACAUCCUAUCUUCAGAAAGAAAGGAUCCCAGACCAGUGGAAGACCUCGCGAACCGUUCUUAUCCAUAAGAAAGGUGACCGAGAGGACCUUCGGAACUACCGUCCGAUAUGCUUGCUGAGCGUGUUAUACAAAGUAUUCACCAAGAUCAUCCUCACACGCAUAUCUAGGACGCUGGAUGAAGCCCAGCCUCAAGAACAAGCUGGAUUCCGCCAAGGGUUCAGCUGCUUGGACCACAUCCAGACCGUGUCGAGGGUCAUAGAGGUUUGCCGGGAAUACCGCCUGCCCCUUGUUCUAACCUUCGUCGACUAUGAGAAACAGCUUGACAGCGUAGAAACGAAUGCAAUACUGUCAGCGCUGGUCGAUCAAGGUGUGGACGCGUCGUAUGUGAGGACAUUAGCCAAUUGCUACGAACGAUGCACGACUAGGAUACAGCUUUUCCGCCGCCCCUUCUCCACACCCAUUGGAAAGAGGGUACGACAACACGAUACUAUAUCGCCGAAGUUGUUCACGGCUGCAUUGCAAUGGAUAAUGAAAUCAUUAUCCUGGGAAGAAAGGGGCAUACGUGUUGAUGGAAGAUUUCUUUCGAACCUUCGUUUCGCGGACGACAUCGUUCUCUUUUCGAACAGUACUAAUGAAGCAGAAACGAUGCUCAACGAAUUGAACGAAGCAGGGAAGAGAAUAGGACUACGAAUAAACAGAAAGAAGACACAGUUCAUGAAGAACGCGCACUGCGAGGACGGAGGAGUACAACUUGAAGGCUCCCGAAUCGUGGAAACUCCGUCAUACGUAUACCUCGGACGUUCUAUGAACAUGGAAAACGACUUGAAGGAAGAACUGAAUAGAAGAAUGAGAGCAGCAUGGGCAGCAUUCGCAGCCGUCAGGGAAGCUACGGACCAACUGACGGACCAUGAUCUUCGUGCCCAUCUGUUCGACUCGACAGUCCUUCCAACGCUCUGUUACGCAGCGGAGACGUGGGCAGACACCCGCGGCCACGUCUAG